AUGUCUUCCCUUCCUCCCGUCUACAUUGUUUCCACCGCCCGUACCCCUGUGGGCGGUUUCCUUGGCUCUCUUUCCACCCUUGCCGCCCCCAAGCUCGGUGCCCAUGCUAUCAAGUCUGCUGUCGAGCGUGCUGAGGGCAUCAACCCCGCCGAUGUCGAGGAGGUCUUCUUUGGCAAUGUUCUGUCUGCUGGUGUCGGACAGAACCCUGCCCGCCAAUGCGCUAUCGGUGCUGGCCUCGCGGAUUCCACCGUCUGUACCACCGUCAACAAGGUCUGCGCCUCCGGCCUGAAGGCCGUCAUCCUCGGUGCCCAGACCAUCAUGACCGGAAACGCCGACAUCGUCGUCGCCGGUGGCGCUGAGUCCAUGUCCAACACCCCUCACUACCUCCCCAACAUGCGCACUGGUGCCAAGUACGGAAACCAGAGCCUGGUUGACGGAAUCCAGAAGGACGGUCUGCAGGACGCCUACGGCAAGCAGGAGCUCAUGGGCUUCGCUGCCGAGGAGUGCGCCGAGGACCACGGUUUCAACCGCGAGCAACAGGACGACUACGCCAUCCGCAGCUACCAGAAGGCCCAAGCCGCGCAGAAGGCCGGAGUUUUCGACUUCGAGAUCGCUCCCAUUGAGAUCCCCGGUUUCCGCGGCAAGCCCGGCGUCACCGUUUCCCAGGACGACGAGCCCAAGAACCUCAACCCGGAGAAGCUGCGCGCCAUGAAGCCCGCUUUCAUCCCCGGCACCGGCACCGUGACUGCCCCCAAUGCCUCCCCCCUGAACGACGGUGCCGCCGCGCACGUCCUGGUCUCCGAGGCCAAGGUCAAGGAGCUCGGUCUCAAGCCCAUUGCCAAGAUCCUCGGCUGGGGUGAUGCCGCUCACGCGCCUAACAAGUUCACCACCGCCCCUGCCCUGGCUAUCCCCAAGGCUCUCAAGCACGCUGGCGUGACUCAGGAGUCCAUCGAUGCUUUCGAGAUCAACGAGGCUUUCAGCGUUGUCUCCCUUGCCAACAUGAAGCUGCUCGGCAUCUCUGAGGACAAGGUUAACAUCCACGGUGGUGCUGUUGCCAUUGGUCACCCUCUUGGUGCUUCCGGUGCCCGUAUCCUGUCUACCCUGAUCGGUGUCCUCAAGGCUAAGCAGGGUAAGCUCGGCUGCGUUGGCAUCUGCAACGGUGGCGGUGGUGCUAGCGCCCUCGUCCUCGAGCUCCUCUAA